AUCGUUUUCAGUUGUACCCGAGUUCGUAAAAACAUGUCCAAAACCCCCAAUUGAACUACUUGGACCCGCCCUAAUCGCAGCUGCUUGAAAAAAACAGUUAACUUAGCCAUCAUUCUCGUUACAAGUCGCGUCGCUUCCGGAGUCCUACUAUACAGCGUCGUCAGGUCAGGGUCCCCCCCGACGCGCUGCUCAAGGCUGGAGAGCCUCCUAGCUCCGUCGCGCCGCCAUGGCGAAUCUUCUUCGCGAUCUCGACAGCUGGCAGAAGCUGGCAGAGGCGGCGGGUCCGGGCGGCGGGGGGGUUGGGGGUCGGAGCGACGGGAAGGGAAAGAAGGUGGUUCAAGACACUGGGAAAUCCAAGGCCGGCACACAAGCAGCUGCUAAGAAGAAAUCCAAGGCCAUGCCCAGCAACACAAGUGACACGUCAGCAGCAGCAACGCCAUCACCAUCAUCAUCACUACCAUCAUUCGUACCAUCAGCAGCAGCAUCAGUAUCAACAUCAGCAGCAGCAUCGGCAGGCGAGCAGCAGAUCAGGCACACAAUCGACUACUUUCGACGAAACUGGAUUCCUCCCGUCUCUCCGGUCGACCCCGAGCCGUCCACGUCAGCGUCAGGCUGGAACGUCGGCUUUCUGGGUGGCAGCAGCAAGAAACCAACAGCGCAAGCAGCAGCAGCAGCAGCAGCAGGGGCCGUGAGAGGAAGGGAAAGCCGUAGCAAAGACGGGAAGGAAGUUAGGGAGGGAGUAAUGGAAGUCGGGGGAGGAGAGGGAGCAGCUGAGUUAAUUCACAGACUGGCAGCCACGGCAGAUGUUGGAAGAGAAGAGGUUGGGAGCGACAUUGGGGGUGUGGGGGCAGGGCGGGAAGGUGUGGAAGCAGCAGCUGCAGCAGAGAAGGAAAGGGGCAACGAGCAUUUCAAGAAAGGUCGGUUUGAAGACGCCCUAUCGUGCUACUCACAGAGCAUCGCCCUUCAUCCCACGGCUGUGGCCUUUGCCAACCGAGCCAUGGCAGCGCUUAAGCUAGGCAGGUACGAGGAGGCAGAGACAGACUGCACGGAGGCUUUGGAUCGAGACGACGAGUACGUGAAGGCGUUCUCCAGGAGAGCCACUGCCAGGCUCCGACUGAACAGGCCAAUUGACGCCCUGCAAGACAUCAAUCAGGGCCUAUCCCUUGAUCCGGGCAACAAGGACCUGCUCAAGCAGCAAGCAGAGGCGAACGCCCUCCUGGAGAAGCAGGCCAAGAAGGGUGUGGAAGUCGUUGCUAAGGCUCUCAAGGGAGGCACGGCAAGCGGCCAAGUUGUAGUGCCGGGGGCUACAGCGGUUACAGGGUUGACAGGAACUGCGGAUGUUGCACAGAUUGCAGAAGUUACAAGAAGUAAAGGGGCGAAGGAGGUUACAGGGGGUAAACGUAUUGCAGAAUUGACAGGUGCGGAUUUGCAGGUUCAAGAAGGAUUAGCGGCUGUUGCUGAGGGGAAGGCGAGGGGCAUGGAGAAGAGGGAGGAGAAGGAUGAGACGAAGGGGCCAGAGAAUUCCAGAGUGGAUGAGGAACGGACGGAGACUGAAGGGAGAGCGGGAGGAGGGGGGAAGAAAGAAGCAUCCAAGGCAGGUGAGGAGGCGGCCCACGGGCCAGGAGUAGAGAGUGUGCACAGGGAUGACACAGCAGGGGAUCACAUGGCAGGGGAUCACGUGGCAGGGGAUCACAUGGCAGGGGAUCACAUGGCAGGGGAUCACAUGGCAGGGGAUCACAUGGCAGGGGAUCACAUGGCAGGGGAUCACAUGGCAGGGGAUCACACGGCAGGGGAUGACACGGUGGGGGCACACAAGACAAAGGAGCAGGAGCAGGAAAUCGAUCACAAGGCGGAAGGGGAAGAGGCGCAAGAGGUGGAGAGGGAAAACUUGGAGGACUCUAGUUCUCUAAUGCAGACCGGCCGUGCUGCUAACGGCUUUACUGCUACUGCUACUACCACUGGCACUGCUCUUGCUGGUGCCACUGCCGCUGCUGGUGCUACAGAUGGGGUCUCCUCAGAACCCUGUGAGCCAGUCUCUAAGCCUACCCCGCCGACCAGCACACCUCUGCCUUCACCCAUCACGGAACUUCCUUCUCGCCCAGCACCCCCUGCUUCCACGUCUGCUCCCUCCACCUCUCCCACUUCCGCCUCUCCCCUCUCACACACCCAACCGGCCUCCACCGCCCCGCUGAGUCAGCGGGGCAUCGAGCUGACGUCAGCGCAUGAGCUGGCGGUGGCGCGGGCGGCAGAGAUUCUUCGGGCGAAAGCAGCCGCGGUAGAGAUGGGGCUGGAGCAGCAGGAAGAGCCAGCAGUGCCAGAAGUGGCAACAACACCUGCAACAGCAGCAGCACCACCACCGGCAACAGCAGCAGCAGCAGCAGCAGCAGCAGCAGCAGCAGCAGCUCCUGUGGCCCCGCCCCAGUCAGCGCUGGAGUUUGAGAAGCGGUGGAGGCGGUUGCAGGGGUGUGAGGGCGCUCAGGUUGCUCUAGUCAAGUCCCUCCCCGCUGGCCGCCUCUCGACCAUCUUCAAGGACUCCCUCUCCCCGCCUCUCCUUGCUGCUGUGCUCACCAUUACUCUCUCAACGCUCUUAAGCACUGAUGCUUCAGCAGCAGUGGCUCUCCUCUCCGCCUUCCCCUCCGUGCCUCGCUUCUCUAUCCUCCUGGUCUGCAUGCCCCCCGGCGACAAGCAACGUCUCUCUACCCUCUGGGACAAGGCUCUUGCGGCUUCUGAUCCCCCCAUCCGCACAACCCUGCAACACCUGCGCGCAACUUUCAAGCUCUAGGCACUCCACGCAGGGGCAGUCUCUAGGCCGGGCGGGCAUGGAACAAGGCUCCAGCUGCCUAAGUUCUCUAGGCCGUGAUUUACAGCAGGCUGGGCCUUGAGAACGACAGAAAUGGUUGGUUGGUGCUUUCAGGGCAGUGAACGUAGGCGUAGCACAUGCCAGCGUGACUGACGCUGGCAGGGAAUCCACUAUGG